GCGGGAGCCGCCUCUUCCUUUAGUGGCGGUGUCGGCGCUCGCAGGACCACUCUCGGCCGCUGCUCCAGCCCCGCGUUCCUCCGCUCCGCGCCGCCACCGACGACAUGCUGCGCUGCGGCCUGGCCUGCGAGCGCUGCAGGUGGAUCCUGCCCCUGCUGCUGCUCAGUGCCAUCGCCUUCGACAUCAUCGCGCUGUCCGGCCGCGGCUGGCUGCAGUCUAGCAACCACAUCCAGACGUCCUCGCUUUGGUGGAGGUGUUUCGACGAGGGCGGUGGCAGCGGCUCCUACGACGAUGGCUGCCAGAGCCUCAUGGAAUACGCCUGGGGCCGAGCAGCUGCUGCCACUCUCUUCUGUGGAUUCAUCAUCCUGGUCAUCUGCUUCAUCCUCUCGUUCUUCGCCCUGUGUGGACCCCAGAUGCUUGUUUUCCUGAGAGUGAUUGGAGGCCUUCUCGCACUGGCUGCUGUAUUCCAGAUCAUCUCCCUGGUUAUCUAUCCCGUGAAGUACACACAAACCUUCAGGCUUCAUGAUAAUCCCGCUGUUAAUUACAUCUACAACUGGGCCUAUGGCUUCGGAUGGGCAGCCACGAUCAUCUUGAUUGGUUGCUCUUUCUUCUUCUGCUGCCUCCCCAACUACGAGGAUGACCUUCUGGGCAAUGCAAAGCCCAGGUACUUCUAUACAUCUGCCUAAUGUGGAGGGAGAUCCUGAGAAAAGCCUGCUGCAAGAUGCAUGUGAGGAGGAAAGUGUUCUCCAAGGAGCAAAGAACCUAUGUUUGGGCAGUGUUCAUAUGAGUGGAAAUGCUAGAAUAAAUGCUAAAGAAAAUUCUUCAUAAAUAGUGUUAAGUUUCAUGUCCCUGUGUAUGUCUUGCGGAGUUAAAAGAGACUUGUUUCUGUUUGCUCAGUAUAUGCUGACUUCUCCUUGCACCAAUUCUGUAUCAUUUAAACUUCAUUUGUUAAAGAGCAUGCCCGGGAAACUUGCUAAGUAAGAAAUGCUAUGGCUUCUCAUUUAAUAAUCUGAUGAAGCUUUUGUUUUUCCAGAGAGAAUGGGUUGUUUCUACAGGGAAUGGGUUGGCUACAGAGCAGGAAAGCUACUGGCAAAUUCCAGUGACCAAAUAUUCUGAAAUUAAUGUUUUUCUUAAACACACACACACACACACACACACACACACACACACACACACACACACGCCCUUUUUGAGUUUUCAGUUACAUAAAGAAGCAGAGUGGUGUCCUACGUGAGCAUCGAUGUUUUGAACAGUUAUUGUUUCGCUCAGCUUUGUGUUGAUUUUCUCCGAUAUGCGGGGAAAGUGAAACAUGGCCGUUGUCACUACUGAAUGCUAAGGUGAAUUUUACUCUUUUGACGUAGAUUAGAGGGGUGGGUGUGGGAAGAAGCCAUAUUAACAAAUCUGUACAGUGUUGCGUGUAUGUUUAGAACCAGCGUAGACUAGAUGGGAGGGUGGACUAGGCCUUAUUCCUCCCGACCGAUGGAUGUGAUGAGGUCGGGUAGGAAGGCCUAUGAGGGUUACCAUUCAGACAUCCCGGGAGAAGACAUAUCAAUGCCCCUCUCAGCCUUAACUGAGCUCUACUGACAGACAGCUAGAAUAGAUUUGAACUGUAACAGAAACCUAAAUGUAAUUACAAACCUGGUCUUCCUCGGUAAACAGACUUAACAUAUCUGUAUAAUACAUACAAGGGGGAAAUUUGGGAAUGAGUUUCUCUGAAUACAUAUUGGAAGGGCUGUUAUUAUUUUUUCUUACCAUUUAUACUCACUGAAUGGAAACUAGCUUAUUUUAAAUAUCAGAACACUAUUUUGUAAGUUGCAGCCAAGACAAUUGCAGUUUUCAUGACCAGCUUCCCCAAUAAACCAGAUGUUCAAA